UCCUAUGGCGCUUCUUCUUCUGAGACCUCCUCCUCCUCCUUAUCUUCGGUUCAUGGCCUUACGCUUUCUCUCACACUCUUCUCUUCACCUUCACUUCCCCUCCUCUUCUUCUUCUUUCUCGUCUUCCUCUCUUGCUCGCCCCUCCCUCUUGUUCAACCCACAACCCAGGACCCAUAUUCCACUGAAGGGCAUUCCUAGCUGCUGUGUAGUUCGAAAUGCGGUUGCUCCAAGAGCUUUUAUGUCGUCUAACCCUGCAACCGAGGCUUUUCAGGGCAGCUCUGGCUCCAAUGCAUAUGGGUAUUAUCAGAUUCAGAUAAGUAUUGGAAGGCUUAGACCCUGUUAUAAAGAGGCCAGGGAUAUAUAUUCGGAGCACAGGACCUCGUGGUCUUCACCAUUUGAUAAUGCUGUGGAUGAGGCUCAAGCCGGAUUUGCUUCAAACAUCGAGGUUAUUUUACUUGCAGAUGGUUCUGUGAGCAUCGCUGACAAUGGUCGUGCGGUUUUACAUGCUGGUGGCAAAUUUGGUGGUUCAAGUAGUGGGUAUAAUGUCUCUGGUGGAUUACAUGGUGUGGGUUUAUCUGUCGUCAAUGCCUUGUCUGAGGGACAAAGUCGCAGCUAGGUGAAGUACUCCCAAUUUCCAUAUAUGGCGUAAGCAAUCCUUACUUCUCCACUAUGGUCGCCGAAAGUCUUCCCUAAUUUACUUCUAUUCCAGUAUGAAAUUUGAAUUCAUUUGCGGAACUACUUGAAGAGUGGAACGGACUCUAGUCAUGUCCAAGGCUUCAGCUUUUUCAGUUUUGCUCUACGCGCGGGUUUUCUCACCUCUGAACUUUGGCUCUCUCGCACCUCCCUUCCAGGACCCCGCCCCUGCGGUGGCGUUCAGAUCUGUUUUCAAAUCUUCCCAGCUACACAUCCCAUGGAGGGCAAGUCUCCUGGGGUAUUUCUACAGAACUAUCGAAUGACCAAACGCAACCGAACUACGGUUGAUUGCGAUGCUGAGCCGGAACGGCCCACGCCUACCCUUCCGAAUCCAGUGAUGGAAGUUGAACCGACCCAGGUGCCUGCAGUGUCCGCUGGCACUGUAAGUUUUCGAGAUAAGCUCUUAAACAAAGCAGAUACUCUUAGGAAUGUUGGUAUUGCUAUUAACUGCCUUGAGGAUAAUUAUAAGGAAUUGAACGAUGAAGAGGAUGUGACUAUCUCGCGAGGUGAUCGUGGUCCUUGUAUCCAAUUCUCUGAACGCGCUAUGUCUCGGUUAUGCAAGCCCUGGGAGAACGCCCUAAUCAUCAAACUCCUUGGUCGCUCCCACACUUACAACUACCUCCAUGCUCGGCUUCAGCAAAAAUGGGGCUUGAAAGGGGGAUGGAAACUGGUGGAUUUAAUGCACGAUUACUUUGUGGUCAAAUUCGAUCUUGAGGAGGAUCUCAACUUUGUUUUAACUGGGGGGCUGUGGAUCAUUGCAGGACAGUAUUUAGUUAUGCAACAUUGGAGACCAGGGUUUUGUCCGGCAACUGCCCAAACUACAAGAAUGGCGGCUUGGGUUCGUGUAUCUGCAAUACAGCUUGAGUGCUUUGAUGUAUGGGCCUUGAAGCGUAUUGGCAAUCUGUUGGGAAGGCUGUUAAAAAUUGAUGCUCUUACUACCUCCCAAAACAGGGGAAAAUUUGCUCGUCUUUGCGUUGAAUUAGAUUUGACCAAACCUCUGGAAGCUUUUAUCCAAAUCAACCAAACUUGGUAUAACAUUGAAUAUGAAGGAUUACCUGAAAUCUGUUUCUUGUGUGGUCGCUAUGGGCACAAGAGAGAGAACUGCGAAAUGAACAAGAAAGAGAAUUGCGAGAUGAACGCCCGGGAAAAACUAAUUUGGGUGGAGAAGGGCAGACUUCAAAGGAUGGCCUUGGAGCUGAGGUAGAAAGGGUUGCUACCAAGGAAAAAGACAGUACUGAUGCUUGUAUGGAUGGUCUGAGAGGGCCUUGGAUGAUUGUGACACCUCGCAGAAAAUCCAAGCAUAUGGCAAAUGAUAAGGGUAACAAGGUACCUGCAGGCAAGAAUAAUGGAUCUCGUUUUGAUGUCUUACGACAAGUGGGAGAAACCCCUGAUAUGGGAGAAAGCUUGGCUAAUGGUCAUAAGGCACAUACGGGCAAAACUCAAGCUGGCUCAUCCAGGAGGGAUGCGGAUAUAGGACAGAAAGUUUGGACAAAAUCUACCACCAAUUUCGUUGGUAGUCGGACAGCUUUGAAUGACAUUUCUAAUGCAAUGGUGGAAGAAAAUGCCACUAGAAAAACGAAUUCCAAGAACACUGAUGGGCCUGCAAGAAUGAACCCUGGAACCUUGGUCAAUAGGGGUAAAAUGAUUAUUGGUGGCAAAAGGAUAGUGCAACAGAUUUCAGUCCAAGAGCAACUAAACAGCUGGAUACAGGGAAAUAAAGAAUAUAAUGACAAAGGCACUUAUAUCUUUGGACACCAACCACCUAAUAUUGGUGCGAGUAAUAUUGAACAUGAUGAAGACUGUGACACAGAGUUUGAUGAUGCACAUGAAGGUGAGAUACAGCAAGAACAUAUGGAGAUGUCUGAGGGACAAAAUGAACCUUCACUUGAUGAGAAGAUUGAGAAUAAUCCCUUCAUUAUUGAAGGUAUGCCUCUUGGCCUAUAAAUCGGGUGUAGCCCAUGGGAUACGUAUACUUCUGCUAGUGUUUUAUGGAUUUAGUCUGCUGGAAUGUUAGAGGUGCUGCUUGCACUAGUUUUCGAAAUAAUGUUGUGGAGUUGAUUCGCACACAUCACCUGGAUCUGUUGUUUAUUUGCGAACCUAGGAUUAGUGGAAAGAAAGCUCUUGACAUGGCCAAAUCUCUUGGUUUCUCUUCUUAUGAAAUUGUGGAUCCCGUGGGCUUCUCUGGAGGUUUGUGGUUGCUUUGGAAUGAUAACAAGAUUAACAUCCAGAUUUUGGGCACUACUGACCAAGCUAUUACUUCAUGUGUCUCCUGGCAUGGUCAAGCUCCUUGGAUUCUGACUACCAUCUAUGCUAAACCCUGUGCAAGCAAAAGGGCUAUGCUUUGGGAUUACCUCAACUUUGUGGCUAGUUGCCAUCAACUACCUUGGAUUCUUGCAGGUGACUUCAAUGAGAUGUUAUUUAUGGAAGACAAACUUGGGGGUGCCAACCCGUGCAGGCUGAAAGGCUUCAACAAGUGGUUUACAGAAAAUGAUAUGAUUGACUUGGGUUACUCUGGUCCUAAAUUUACUUGGACCAAUAAUAGGGUUUUUGAAAGACUUGACAGAGCUGUUUGCAACCUAAAUUGGAUGCAAAUGUUUCCUGAUGCGAAUGUGUUGCAUAUUCCGAGAACCAAAUCCGAUCAUUGCCCCAUCAAAAUUUGCUUACAGUCCCGCCAGAUCUCCUCUCCAAUUGCUAGACCCUUUAGAUUUGAAGCGAUGUGGAUGCAGCAUGGAAACUUCAAAGACUUUGUGACGCAGAAAUGGGGACAGAUUCCGGGAUCUGCUCUUGACAAGUCCUAUGGGCUAAUUCCACAUCUGAAACAGUGGAACCACAAUAUUUUUGGCCAUUUGAAACGUAAGAAAACGCUUAUUCUUGCUAGAUUGGAUGGUAUCCAAAAAGCCUUGUGCCAUUGCCAAAGCACGUCUCUGUUUAUGCUGGAGGAUUCUUUGGUGUAGGAUUAUAAUGCGUUACUUGACCAGGAGGCAUUAUUUUGGCAACAAAAAUCGCGGCUUCAAUGGCUACAAGAGGGGGAUAGAAAUACAAAAAAUUUCCAUA